CUCCAGGCUAUGGGACACCGUCCCCUGCUCUGAUGCCUCAUGGCUUUUCUUCCCUCUCCAGCUUAUCACCCAGACUUUCAGCCACCACAAUCAGCUGGCACAGAAGACCCGGCGGGAGAAGAGAGCCCGGCAGGAGGCCGAGCGGCGGGAGAAGGCAGAGCGGGCGGCCAGGCUGGCCAAGGAAGCCAAGUCAGAGACCUCGGGGCCCCAGAUCAAGGAGCUAACUGAUGAAGAGGCAGAGAGGCUGCAGCUAGAGAUUGACCAGAAAAAGGAUGCAGAGAAUCAUGAGGCCCAGCUCAAGAACGGCAGCCUUGACUCCCCAGGGAAGCAGGAGACUGAGGAAGAUGAGGAGGAGGAAGAUGAGAAGGACAAAGGAAAACUGAAGCCCAACCUAGGCAACGGGGCAGACCUGCCCAAUUACCGCUGGAGCCAGACCCUGUCGGAGCUGGACCUAGCGGUCCCUUUCCGUGUGAACUUCCGGCUGAAAGGAAAGGAUGUGGUGGUGGACAUCCAGCGGCGGCACCUCCGGGUGGGGCUCAAGGGGCAGCCAGCGAUCAUCGAUGGGGAGCUUUACAACGAAGUGAAGGUGGAGGAGAGCUCGUGGCUCAUUGAGGACGGCAAGGUGGUGACUGUGCAUCUGGAGAAGGUAUGUGAGGCCCAGCCCUUCUAGCCUGGGGUGUUGAUGGAAGAAGAAAGGAGGAUGUGUGCUUAUUUUACUCAGGAGCCAUGCUGGGGGCAUUGUGGAAUUAUCUUAAUCCCCAUGACAACACUCUUUAAAGUAGAUCUGUCCCUAUUUUAUUUUCUUAAAGACAAGGUCUCACUCUGUUGCCCAGGCUGGAGUU